UACAAAUGCUACUUCGAACGUUAAGUGAAUAAGUUGGCUUGCUUCGUUUUGCUAGCAUUUUAGAUUCGCUUUUGCCACAUUCGAUCGCAGCUCUUUGACUAUCUCGCGAAGGUCCUGUUCAAGUUUAUAGGCGGAAUUCCAUUUUAAAAUAUUCAUUCUGUGUAGAAAAUAAAAGUCCAUUUUUUUGUACUUAAUUGUUUGUUGAAUUUACAAGUGAGGUAUUUACUAGGUAUUAGAACGGGUAAGCUCGAAAACAAAAAUUCCGAACGGAAUAAAUGAAAUUUCGUAAUUAAAACGUUGAACAAUUUGUUAAUUCGAGGUAUGCUGUUGUUUUCAUCGAUAUUGGCGCGCAAACAAAAAGUAUUUAUAUUAUCAAAUUCCUCGUUUUCAACACAAUAAAGCAGUGUGAAUAAUCGAGCGUACAAAUCUCUUAACAAUGUUAUUAUUAUCGACAAAGUUUUUUUUCCUGUUUUGUGUGAAAUUAUUAUCGAUUUUGUUUGAACGAUCGUGAUACAGGAAAAAAUAGCCGCAAUUGACCGAUUCGAGGCGAUUUUGUUGAUUUUUAUCUCAAAAUAAUCGGUUAGACGAAUUAACAUUGGAAAAAUUAUCGUUGUGCAUUCACAUUUUUUCUCUGAUGGUUUAUUUUCGAUUUGUUGAUUUUUAACAUUAAAUUAAUUACAUAUUUGGGCCGAUGAAAACGCGAAAAUUAAUGGCAUAGCGUCCAAAUUAAAUAGAAUUUUUUUUAAAAAUAAUGAAAUAUUUGUUCGUUACCAGAUGGGUGCAUUGGUAUGCAGUCCAUGGAAAAAUGCAAGUUUUUUUUAUGUGCGCUCGAAUUGUAAACGUAAUGCCCGUUUAAUGUGAACUCCGCAUUGUUUGUGCCUACAUUUUUUUUUUGCUGUUUGUCAUAAUUAAUUUUCGAGUUAAUUUAAUAUCUUUCAUCAACCGUUUAUUUCACGAUGCACACAGUUCAAAUAAACCGAAUUGUUAUUUAAUCAAAGUGAUCAAAUAAUAUGUGAAAAUAAAAGAGAGUUAAACUGAGCGAAUUCCCAAAAGAACGCAGUGUAAAAAUGUCGUCGCUGUUUAACACUGAAAUUCAUUCACAGAAUACGCACUAAUUGUAAAUAAAUAGCACCCUUAGCGCGCAACUAUGAACGUUACAGAUGGGCUUUUUGUUGUACGGUGCCACCAUUUCGCGCAUUGAACAAACAACCGAGACUUCUGCAUUAUGCAUAUUUCUCACUUGUUUACUUUUGUUUCGAUUUGCAUUUUGCAACGCGCUGCAUUGGUGUUGUGUGUGUGUGUGCUUUUUCGGAGUUGUCAACCGGAGAAUGUAGCCAGCCAGCCAGCCAUCCAGCCAACCAACCAACCGCUGUUGAACACUAUUUGUACCAACACCUUUUUUAAUUAACUGCAAUGCAUAAUCAUGGCCAAUGCAUGUGCGCCUGUAUUCCCUGUCAACAUUAACAACCAGUACUCUUUGCCUGGGAAAACAGCAUUCGCGCUCCAGUCCAUGCACCCGAUUGCAUUGUUGCUGUUGUUUUUGUUUAUAAUUACACAUGUACUUAUUUUUAUUUUUUUUUCACCGAAAAAUGUAAACAUUUGCGUAGUGUUUUCGCAUGAAAAUCAGUUGCGCAGUAGUUGAAUGAAUGGCGAAGCACCAAGUUACAUUUAUAAGGGCAAUUGAAUGAAAUCAUGGCGUUUGAAUGACAUCUUCUAUUAUCAUACUGGCUCACGUUUUUUUUUGUUAUCACUAGCCUGAUAGACACAACAUACAAAUCUUUUGUUGUUUGUUUACAUUUCGAAAUGUGCUGAAAAAAAAGCGGUGAAGUGUAUGUACUCGUUUUCAAUGUAAUUUUUUUGUUCGGUAUCGAACAUAUCUGUUGAAAACUAGAAUCCAAUUUUCAUUGGUGUUUUUUUACGCAAUUUUUUUUUAUCUUUUCGGGUAUGACGACAAAUGCCUGUGGUGUAAAAUGUGCAAACUGUCGCUUUAGAGAAUUUAAUUGGAAACAAACAAGCGACCAAAUUGUGUGCAACGUAUAAAACAGCGCAUAUUUUGGGAUGAAAUGCAAAGUUGAUUUUGUUCAUCGAUUCUUCAAUCGAAUUUAUCCAAAAAGUAAAUGUUUCCAUAAAAGAUCUCAUAUAUUAGAAUGUCCAUUCAAAGUAUUCCUAUUCAGAGAAAUCAAAUCUUGAAUUUAAACUCAAACAUUCGUCAUUGAGAGUCAAAAAUUCUGAUGCGCUGUACGCUAUUUUGCAUCUCAUCAAUAAAUUCACACACUUUUCGUAGGUUCCAUUUUAUUGGUGUCGCGUUCAAAGUGUCGCAAGUAGGAUAGUUUGUCGGUGAAAAAAAAUUUACUAUCAACAAUGUUGGAUAACAUUUCCAAACAACCAAGCGAGCAGUGUAAUCAAAUUUCCGCUUAUGCGCGCUCGUCGUUUCGCCGUCAAUUUCGUUGUUCGUUGGACAAACAUAGCUUCAAUCAUGCACAUCAAACAACAGGCUAGACAACUUUAUCCAACAAAGCGUUCUUACGUUGAAAACUAUUUACUUUUUAACCAAUGAGCUGUUGGCAACGACCCACUUCAUAAGGAUCGAUAAAUUCAAAGAAAUAGCUAAAGUGCUCUAUCAAAAUGGCAGCCGAGGAUGCAGCGUUCGACAAAAUUAUGGAAAUGGUCGGUAACGAUGGAGCCUUUCAAAAACGAUUCAACUACAUUUAUAAUGCAGCGAUGGUCAUUUUUGGAGGCAUGUCCUUUAUGAAUAUUAUAUUAGCCUUAAAUGUGCCGGAUCACUGGUGUCAUGUGCCGGGUAGAGAGCAUACAAACUACACACUGGAACAAUGGAAACACUUAACGCUGCCAAGGGAGACCGAUGUAAAGGGUUUGACUACGUUUAGCAAGUGCCAAAUGUACGACGUGAACUGGACAACGAUUCAGUCGUGGGAUUAUGAGAAUUGGAAUUCAACAAGGCAUCACGAAAAACUCAAUGUUUUAGAUUGUGAUGUUCGGGACUACGAUAAGACAUGGUAUCAAAGCACCAUCGUUUCUCAGGAGGAUUGGGUGUGCUCGAAAGAUAUGUAUCAAACAAAUACAUUUGCACUGAAUCGCAUCGGCGAAGUAAUCGGAACAUUUUUUUUCGGCCAGUUAGGUGAUAGGUUUGGCAGGCGGAUAAUUUUCUACAUCAGUGUUUCGUCGAUUGUAUUCGGUCGAAUCGCAACGAUGUUCACAACAUCGUAUUUUACUUGGUUUUCAAUUGUAUCGAUUGUCGGCAGCUUUUGCGCCAUUUCACUCUUUCAAUCACCAUUCAUCAUAGGCAUGGAAAUCAGUAAACCAGACGAUCGAGCAAAUGUUGCCGUUAUCCAAAGUUUGGCCUGGACCGCUGGGCUAUGUAUUUUGCCAUUCAUCUACUGGGUGGUGGGCGAUUGGUUCACUUUCUUCUUAAUUACGUCACUUCCAAUGCUGAUAUUCCUGUUCAUUCCAACCUAUAUGAUCGAGUCGCCACGCUGGCUGGUUAACCGGGGAGAACUGGCCAAAGCGGCAUUUUAUUUGAAUCGCAUUGCCAAAAUCAAUAACAAACCAAUUAAGCUGAAUGAAAAGGUGCUACGUACCAUGUUACCAAAUGAGGAACGUGAAAAAAUUUACGGCAUGCUGUCGCUAUUCAGCGGCUUUCGCCUGGCGAAGAACACAACGAUUUUAAUUAUCUGCUGGAUGAUUUGCACGCUCGCUUAUUUCACAUUAAUCCUAUACAUUGCCCAAGCCGAUGGAAAUCCCUUUUUGAACUUCUUCAUUCAAAGUGCAAUCGAAGCCCCAGCAUUUUUCCUUGCCAAUUAUAUGGCCAACACGGUCGGCCGACGAUGGACAAACUCAUUUUCAUUCAUUUUUGCAUCACUAUUUUGCAUUCCAACGAUUAUACUCGCUAAUUACGUUGAAUGGCAAAUGGUCGCAACAUGCUCGGUAGUUGUUGUGAAAUUUUGGCUCGCCAUAACAUUCUUUGUCAUCAACCUGCAGGCCAUGGAAACCUAUCCCACAUGCCUGCGUCAAACUGGAUUGUCCAUUGGAACCAUUGGCUCAAAUAUUAUUGGUAUUUUCGGUCCGUACAUCGUGUAUCUGGGCCAAAAAUUCGACAACCGGUAUCCAAUCAUGAUUCUGUUUGUACUUUGCAUCCUUGGAUCAAUAUGCGGACUAUUCUUGCCUGAAACACUGCAUCAAAAACUUCCCGACUCAAUGAACGAAGCACGGGUGUUUGGUGCCGACCAGAAAUUCUGGAGUUUACCUAAAAAAGCCAAAGGGGAAGACAAAAAUCACAAUCUUACAACCGAUGAAUUGGAAAGACUUGAUCCUUUGCUGUGAAACACCUUUGAUCAGAGUUAUAUUCAAUUCGAUUUAUCUCCAAAGAUAACAUUAUUUUGCCCAAGCUGCUGGUGACAGGAUCUAGUUUAUAAUAGCUUUGACUACUUUGAAAAAAUUGUUGUAUAAAAUAUGUAUUAUAUAGGCUUUAAAAUUUUGUUGAUUUUUUUUCUAAAUUACACUUUGAAUAGAAUUCGUUAUCAUUAAGUCUUAAAUGUAAUUGUUAAUUAAUUCAGAAAAAAAGUGCAAAUAAAAAAGCUCUUUAAGCCGAUUCGCACAA